UUCCAGGUCUUGGCAAGCUGCAUGUGCAUCCUGGCGGUGGCCAGGGCCGGCAUCGUCCCGGCGGCCCCCAUCGCCAAAACCGCCGACCCCGACUUCGACCCCCACCCCCGGUACAACUACGCCUACGACGUGCAGGACGACCUAACCGGGGACACGAAGACCCAACAGGAGUCCCGCGACGGCGACGUCGUCCAGGGCAGCUACUCGCUCGUCGAGGCCGACGGAACUCGGCGCAUCGUCGAGUACACCGCCGACCCCGAGAACGGAUUCAACGCCGUAAUACACAAGGAACCUGCAUCCGUUGCCGACAAAGCUGUCCCCCUCGCCAACCACCGCUAA